AUGUCCGCCAUGCGCGGCGCCAGCUUCAAGGAUAAGCUCGCCGUGCUCGAGGCGACGACGCCGGACGGUUCGAUCCCGAACGAACCCGGCGCGCUGAAGCCGCGGUACGACGAUCUCAAGAAGUCCCUCUGCCUCGACGCCCUCGUCGCGGGAUGCCCCGACGCCUUCGUCGACUUCUACUACCUCUGCACCAGCGGGGACGGCGUCGGGGACGAUAACCUCACCGCGGACGAGAUGGAGCGCGCGCUCAUCAACCCGGACGACUACGAGGAGUUCGAGGAGGUGCCCAUGGACAAGAUGCCCUUCGUCAAGGAUGCGCUCGUCGCCGCGGAAUCGGCGCUGCGAGGCGACGCGUUGGGCGGUCCGAACGACGACCCCGCCGUCGCCGUGCAGGACGCGUACGGCGCCCUCGCCGAGUACUUCCUCGGCACCGACGACCGCGCCAAGGCGGCGUACUUCUACGACAAGUGCGUCGCCGCGGCCGUCGCCGCGAGGCGCCCGGAGCUCGAGAUGGCCGCGUGCGCUCGCGUGGGAAAAACCCACGAGGCGGCGGGCAACCUCGAGACGGCGGUGGCGUCCUUCGAACGCCAGCUCCGACUCGCGGACGACCUCUCCGCCGCCGCCCCGAUGGACGCCGACCUGAAGAACGCGCUGGGGGACGCCAGGGGCAACUGCGUACGGACGUAUUUCGCAAUCGCCGAGCGAUCCGCUGAUGCGGAUGAUAAAGAGCGUAGCGUCGCGUACCUGACCUCGUGCCUCCGCGUCUGCGUCGAGGCUGCCGAGGACGCGGCGGACACCUCGGACGACGCCGAGGGCGGCGGGCUCGACGACCUCGAGAAGGGCACGGAGGGUAAGGCGAAUCACCGGUUGGGUUUAGCUCAACUCGCCGCCGGGAGAGCCGAGGAAGCGGCUCGGUAUCAGGAACGGUACCUGGAGUUGAGCGAACGCGACGGGGACGACGUGGGGGUCGGGUGCGCGCUGAGGGCGCUCGGGGAGGCGCACCUCGCGCGGGGUGCGGUGGACGAGGCGGUGGCGGCGCUGGAGAGGUUCGCGGCGAUGGAAUCGACGGGCGCGGGGGCUCGCGCUCGAGCGCACUGCAGCCUCGGUCGGAUCUUGCUCAAGCGGCGGGACUACGCGCGAUCGGUGGGACACUUCGAGCGGUUUCACGAGCUCGCGCGGGGGUUGGGGGACGCCAGGCUGCUCGACGUGGCGCGGGUGAACCUCGGGGUGGCGAGGGGGGUCGCUUCGGAGGGUGGGUUCAUCGCCAAGGUGGCGGCGGCGGGUCCGGCGUCGGAAGCGGCGGCGGCGCACGUGGAGUCGUUGGUGACGUGGAAGGACUCGCGGACGCCCAUCGAGGGCGUGCACUCGUAG